UUAUUAUUAUUGUUCCCUUGGGUUGCUAGUGGAACAUAGGGCUUCAGCUAUAUCUUAUAGUUCUGUUUUAUUUCUCAUAUGAAAGCCAUUACCUUACUCUUCCGAUUAUUGUAAAUUUUUUCCAACUUAACAAUUUCUGGUUAGACAUUUUGAACUCCCCCUAUUUUUCAUGAAUCUUCCUCUAAUUAUCCUAUGAAUAGUUAUACCUUUUAACAACUGGUCAGUGGUCUAUUUUCACCACUUCGCACUAACGUUACGUAGAGUGAAAGGUUGUAAAGAGUUAAAAUGAAUCCAUCAAAUGAUAAAAAUGAGGUCUUAUUAUCCCUCUAUGUUUUUUAUUCUUGCUCGCUGGGAGUUCAAAGUGGAAGUAAGCAUCAGUUAUCAAUCUGCCUUAUGAGCUCUUUUAAAAUUAAACAGUUUUUGUUGAAUCCAAAAGAAACAUUAAAUGAUAAAAUUUUAAGCUCUACUAAAAUGUACUUAUGAAGACCAGUAUCAUAUUUUUCACCAAAAUACUUUCAGGUCAAUUAGUGAGAACGUCGGAUUGAAAUCGGUUAGUGUUAUCACUAUUUUUAUGAUUUCUUGCGCUCAAAUAUUUCUUAAACCAAACAAUUUUAUAUUUUCAGUUUGGCUGGACUCAUGAAGGGGGCUGGUUGUCAAUUCUGGCUUCAGCAUUUGUCAGGAGAGUUGACGUGAUCGGAAGGGGAUAUUCUGGUUACAACACACGUAUGUGUAAAGCUGUGCUUCCACUUCUCUAUCCGAAUAAGGAUUCACUAAAGGACUGUGUAUUUUUCACAAUUUUUCUUGGCGCUAAUGAUGCUUGUUUAAGUCAGCAGCAGCAUGUGCCAAUCGAAGAGUACAAAAAAAAUCUACAAUGGAUGAUUGAAUAUCUUAAUCAAAUGGAUUUACCAGUGGAUCACAUCCUGUUGAUUAGUUUACCUCCUUUAGAUGAAUAUAAGUGGGGUGUCACUGAAAUAGCUAAAGGGCUACCGCUCACACGGACGUUAGUUAACUAUGCAAAUUAUGCGAUUGCAUGUGAAGAAGUUUCAAAAUUGAGUCAGGUUAAUCAUAUUAAUUUGUUUGAGGCUAUGAUCAAGCAAAGAGAUUGGGAAUCUUUUCUUUCAGACGGUUUACACUUCUCUAGAAAAGGGUCUGAAUUUUUGGCCAAGAUUUUAGAGGCCUUCUUCGCUGACAAACUAAGUGGUUUAAAAUGGUGGUUCCCAGAUUGGAAAACUAUAAACCCGAUAACCCCAGAGAUGUCUAUUAAUGGCGAUCAUGAAUCUAAAGUUUGUUGUUGUUUUUCUGCAUUCGGAAAAUAUCUAGUAAUGUUUCUACUUUUAUCCAUAAAUACGCUCACUAAAUACUUUGAAUUCGAGGUUUCACCUAUUACUGACGAACAACAACCAGUAUGAACCAGUGACUGGGAAACCUAUCACAUGCACACGAGGUUUCUUCUAGUAAGCUGUUUACGUAUUUCCAAGUGAUAGCAAAUAUAUUCUUUGUGUUAGUAAAUAUGCCAAGUAUCAUAUGUCAAUAAGCAUAACUGUGCUAUAAGGUGGUAAGUAGUUGGAGGAACUACUGCUGAGAUGUACAUUUAACGCACAAUUCAUAUUCACUACCAUCAUUUACAUUACCCCCAUUGCUAGGAGACUGCUUCAUGGCAGGCCUGAACAGUAAUCUAUUAAAGCUGACUAUCGAUGAUUCCCAACUGUAUACAAGAUAUGUGGACAACAUUUCAAGUAUUUGUAAUAAGAAAUGUGAUCAUAGUCAGUUGGUUCACGUUUUUAAUGACUGCUAUUCGGCGAUAAAAUUUACUCUUCAAAUGGAAAAUUCCAUUUCUUAAUAUCGCACUAACAACAGUCGACGAAACCUCAAUAAGGUCUGUCCAUAGGAAACCUACAUGGGGCGUUUAAUUGAGGAGUUUCUACAAAUUUUAGUUACAUACCUGAAGCACUGACAUUCUAGAAGAAGAACUAGACUUGGAAAAGUUUCCUGUCAUAAAUAGAUAUUCAACUAGAUUUAUUGAUUAGAAUAUCAAACCGAUAAUUUAGAGACGCGAGACACCGUACCAAGAAUGAGACUUUAUGUAAACCUACGGACGCAAUUUAACUUGUGAUGCCAAAAAAGAAUUUCAACAUCGCAAAGCUGAGAGCAUUUCGCAGAAACCUGGAAGACAAAAUCUUGCUUCUAACCAAUUCAAUGUACAUAUUAAAACGUGUGAAACUUGGGCACUGUGGUGGUAAGUAAUUCCAUAUUAGUUUGU